UCCAUCUUCACUUCCCUCUUUUCCUUUCUCAUUUCUGUUUUCAUCUCCUGCUCCUCUCCAUCUCUGUUACUCCCACUUUGUUCGUUUUCUUGUCUCGUGCUUGCUGCGCAUCUACUGGAGUCGGGAAUUUGUGUGCCUGGGCCUUUUCCUUUGUCCCACUUCCUUGGUCUCUUUCUCCCCUAAGCGCUUACCGAAACCUUCUGGUUGUCUUUACUCUAGCUACGGGGUCCGCCAAGGAAGCUCCCGCCUGAAUCUAUUUUGCAAAGCUUCCUCCAUCUGCAAACUUUAAUACACGACCCCCAUUCAUAUCACGUUUUAUCUGAUCUAGCAACUUUUUUGUUUCGCUUUUUCUUCUCCGUUCAUCUUCCUUUUUUGAUUGCCUGAUCAAUCUCGAUAUUCUGCGAACCUCUGCGUCUGUUUCUAGCUUCAUCUGCAUCAUCCCGUCCACCGCAUACGCCACCCUCCUUGAAACUGAUUUGGUCCCGGCGCUCUGAACGGUAGUUGACACCUGCAUCGAUCCGCCAAGUCGAUUGAUUUUUCUGCCUUUGAAUAUCCAAAAAUGACUGAAAACGCUCCUGCUUCCAACUCAAAUCUUCCUGCUUCGCAGCCACCGUCUGGUGUACCGGGUCAGCAACAGUACGAUGCGCCUCAGGGUAAUGGCCAGACUAACCCCUCCCAUAUGCCACCACCACCUCGUCCGCCCGUGGUGAUCCCACAGAAUACCAAUCCCAUCCCGACGGCUAUUACAUCCCCGAUGUCUGCAAAUAUGAUGUCGCCCACCAGUGCUGGCGGGUAUGUGCGUCGAGCUGCACCCGAACCAAAUAAAAGGGCCCUCUAUGUAGGUGGGCUGGACCCAAGGGUGACGGAAGAUAUCAUGAGACAAAUAUUUGAGACUACUGGCCAUGUUGUCAGUGUCAAGAUUAUCCCUGACAAAAAUUUCAACAGCAAAGGAUACAACUAUGGCUUUGUCGAAUUUGACGAUCCAGGUGCAGCCGAGAGAGCUAUGCAGACCCUCAAUGGACGUCGCAUCCACCAAUCGGAGAUACGUGUGAAUUGGGCCUAUCAGUCCAACAAUGCAAACAAGGAAGACACGUCUAGCCACUUCCAUAUUUUUGUGGGUGAUUUGAGCAAUGAGGUGAACGACGAAGUUUUGCUCCAAGCCUUCUCCGCCUUUGGAUCCGUGUCCGAAGCUCGUGUCAUGUGGGAUAUGAAGACUGGUCGUUCUCGUGGAUAUGGUUUUGUCGCAUUCCGGGAACGUGCGGACGCUGAAAAGGCUCUCAGCUCUAUGGACGGUGAAUGGCUUGGUUCCCGUGCCAUUCGUUGCAACUGGGCCAACCAAAAGGGGCAACCUUCUAUUUCACAGCAGCAAGCGAUGACCGCGAUGGGCAUGUCGCCGGCUGGAGCCUUUGGCCAUCACCACUUCCCUACUCAUGGUGUUCAGAGUUACGACAUGGUUGUCCAGCAAACUCCUCAGUGGCAGACCACGUGCUACGUUGGCAAUCUCACCCCUUACACCACGCAGAACGACAUCGUUCCUCUGUUCCAGAACUUCGGUUAUGUCCUCGAAACUCGCCUUCAAGCUGACCGAGGAUUUGCGUUUGUCAAGAUGGACUCGCAUGAAAAUGCCGCCAUGGCCAUUUGUCAACUCAGUGGAUACAACGUCAAUGGCCGUCCACUGAAGUGCAGUUGGGGCAAGGACCGUCCUCCCACAGGUCAAUUCGACGGGUACAAUCCCCAACAAGGUCCAUCUCCCGCUGGACGAAGCUGGGACCAGCAAGGCAGCAACUUUACUGGUCCUGGCAUGCCUGCGCAGGGUUACGGCGUCCCGGCAAGUGCUGCUGGCUAUGGCCGUGGACAGGGCGCUCCCAAUGCUAACUGGAACCAACAAAACAAUGCCAAUUUCGGAAACGGCUUUGGGAACUACCAGGCGUAGUUUUGGUCUAACGAUCUGCGGUAUGAAGCCUAUCUUGGAUGAAGAAGUUCGAGAGAGUGGCCAUUCACGACAUCUAAAAGAAAAUGAGACGAGCGGCCUUUUCUAUUUCCCCCCCUAACAUCGGAUUUUCAUGCCAAUUUUGCUGUCAAUUUCCUCUCUCUUUCUCUCUUUUCUCUCUCGCAUAUCCAUUUCUCCUUUCAGGUGCUUUUAAAUUGACUUUAUUAAGUGGAUUUUCAGCGAAUGUCUCCGAUUCUGAAGUGCGUCCUUUUGAAAUUUGUGUGUUAACAUGCACCCAAUACCCCAAAUCCACUUCGUUGAAUCAUCCUUUCUAUGCCUAUCUCUUUGAAUGUGUAUUGUGAAUGUUUCAGUAAGAGCUUCUUGGAUUUGCGGUUCAAGGGUGCUCCCCAACUAAUUAAAAGUACCUUUCUUCUCUGCCACCCAUCAGACUGUCUUAUCUGGCUUUAUAUCGUACCAUCUUGUUUCUGUAUGCAUGAGCGUCUAUUUUGAACAGGCUUGAUCUUUUCCAUCCCUUCAUGAGACUAUGUUUUGCUGUUCAAUACCCUCUUCUUGACAUCCUGGGGCUUCUUUGGACUGUUUCUAACUCUUCUCUGGACAAUGUCUUGUUCCUUCUCAUUUUCGCGGUCCUGGUACCCUAUCUGUGCCCUUUCGAACCAUGUAUGGAUGCCAGCCUCUUGUCUUCUUUAGUUAGCAUACUAUUAUACCCGGCCAUAUAAGAAGCCAGCCUUAUGACGGUUUAUAAAUUCAUGAUGGGUGUGUUGACCCUGCUUAGCAAAAGAAUAUAUGGUGAUCUUGUUUUAGC